AUGCCCAAAGAACACAGGAAACGAGGGAAGAAGAAGAAGGGCAACAAGGAGGUGAUUGAAAAUGAAGUCGAGCAACAGGUGGAAGAGCAUCAUGAGGAAUCCAAUCCCCAAUGGAUGGAAACAAAUGACGAUAUGAACCUAGAGGCACCAUUCGGAUAUGUGGACCCAGACGUUAAGGGUUACUUUAGGACAGUGGAUGCUCGUAUUCAAGAAUGGCAAUCACAGGAGCACUCUCGAGAUGAUACAAAUGAGGAAGGCAAUACUAAUGAAGACAAGCGAAUGUUUCUUGUAGCUGCAUUAUCCGAGUCUUCCGGUAAAGAGCUUCAACUUUCCACCGAUCCCGAUUGUUCUAUUAUCCUGGAGCGUAUGCUACACUCCAUAGACGACCUCGUCAUUCGCGUAUUCGCUGAUAGGUUAUGUGGAUCAUACGUCCAAUUGGCGCAGCAUCGUUUUGGAUCUCAUGUAUGCCAGACUUUGUUUGAAGUUGCCGCUUCGACUGUCUCUCGAGAGACCCGAGGACGCAUUGCAAAAUCUUCGGACCAAGAUAACAAUACUGGAGUCCUGCGUACAAUGACUGAACUUGUAAUUGCAAUAAGCGAGGAGCUACUGCCUUCCUUAUCACAUCUUAUUCUGGACCCAUUCGGAGCCCACGUAUUGCUCUCGUUUCUGGUCCUGCUUUCUCCUCAAAUUACUCGACACCCAGACUCAUCUCAGCCGAAUACAUCGCUCAUUCGAUCCAAGAAAAGUGCCGCUUACAAGUCCCGUCAGGGAUCCAUGAAGUCAAUACUAUCUUCUGGGUCCGAGCGGACUUCUACUGCGAUUGUUCCCGCAUUGUUUAAGGAUGUGACAAACAAAUUUGUCGACGGGUUGCGAGGUCUGACAGAUGCGAACGAAAUUCGGGCCUUUGCAGCAAAUAAGGUCGCCAAUCCCGUUUUGCAGGCAAUGAUCGACCUGGAAGCACAACAAGAAAAAUCCGACAUUCCGGGUUCGCUCAUUGAUAGUGUACUAAUGGGGAUGAUAUCGUCGCUAGCACAAGGAGACGAGCCCCAGGAGUCUGACUACGUCGGAACUCUCCUAAGAGACCCAACUGCAUCCCACUUGCUUGAAGCUCUAGUUCGGCACGCCCCCGGAAAGGCGUUUAAAUCUCUUUGGAGCCUAUAUUUCAACACUAAACUUGGAAGGCUCUGUUCACACCCUGUAGCAAAUUUCGUAGUCAGCAAGGCGAUCAUGCGCUUAGAUUCGUCAAAUUUCCUGGAAGCUCUGCAAGAAAUCGACCCAGUUUCGAGCAAAUUAAUCAAGACCGGACGAACCGGAGUAUUGAAGUCGCUUGUAGAUCAAGCUACUGCCCUCGGCGCCCACGAGGACGCAGUUAGUGAGAUGCUCUGUCGUGCAGUAGAUGUUGAAGAAUCCACAAUCCAAUUACUGGUACCGUGCUUACUGACAUUGAAAUCACGCAACGUUUAUAGCAAGUCGACAGGCUUGAACGAUGACCCAGAGGCCAAUUCGGGGCCAGCUGAACCUACUGUCCAAGGUGCUGUGAUCCUCCAAUCCAUGCUUAAACAAUCGGACCCACACAACCAACGGGUUAUACAAAGCAUACAUGCUCAGUCUACCGAUGAGAUUCUUAGUUUAUCCCGCCACCCAAUAAGCUCUCGCAUCCUUGAUGCUUUCCUGGACUCUUCCACGGUGCCCUUGCGAGACAAACGUAAAUUCCUGUUAGACUUGAUAGGGUCGUACCACACACUGGUCGACGACCGCAUUGGCAGCCGAGUCGGGGAUAGGUGUUGGACGUGCGCAGAUCCAUUCUUAAGAGAGAAAAUAGCCAAAUCUAUCUUGCCCCAUGAGAUAGCACUAUCAGCAUCCUAUUAUGGGAAGUAUUUUGCAAGAAACCUGCACCUCACAAUGUUGAAAAGAGACGCAGCUGCGUGGAGGGAUAUGCAGCGAGACCAGAAGAAAGCGGCAGCGGCAGCAUCAGCGGCCAAUAACAUCAAUGCCACAAAACCGCCUUCAAAAAUUGAUACCAACCCCACAGCAAGUGGAAGCGAUUCGACGCACAUCAAGAAACGCAAACGCCAUGCGACGGAUGAAGACGAACUCGAUGCGCUGUUUUCCAAAGCUUCAAAUUCCCGGAAAGCGUUUGGCCCGUCUAAAAGCGGGGAUGAGUUGGCCCCAGAGACCCAGGCUACCAAGACGGACGAUCCCCAACUCGAUGAAGUUCUUGGUGCUAUCAAAAAGGUAUCUAAAAAGGAGGGAAGAAGGAAGAACAAAAAAUCAUAG